GGAAUGGGGACAGGGGGGACAUCAGAGCACGCGCACCACACGGACCGCUUUACUGUGAACACGCGCAUGAUCCACAGGAGUGAUUUCACCGCUGUUUAGACGUUUCACUGGUCGCUUGGUAACAUGAACGUGGUUCUGGUUUGCUACAUGUUCCUGUAAAUUCAUUAGAUUUCUUCUGAAAACAGCAUCAUCAUGGACUUAUUUGAAAACGGCAAGGUUGUGAAAGUUUGUGCCCCGAUGGUUCGCUAUUCAAAGCUGGCCUUCAGAUCCCUGGUCCGGAGGUAUGAGUGUGACCUGUGUUUCACUCCUAUGAUAGUUGCAGCUGAUUUCAUCCGCUCUGCUAAAGCCAGAGACAGUGAACUCACCACUGGCAGCUCUGACCGACCACUGAUCAUCCAGUUUGCUGCAAAAGAUGCUCAGACGCUUGCAACUGCUGCCUGUUUGGUCGCCCCUUUCUCAGACGGCGUGGAUCUGAACUGCGGCUGUCCUCAGAGGUGGGCCGUGGCAGAGGGCUACGGGGCGUGCUUAAUUAACAAACCACAAUUAGUCAAGGACAUGGUGAGACAUGUCAGGAACCAAGUAGACAAUCCCAAUUACGCAGUGUCCAUUAAGAUAAGAAUUCACAAGGAUGUGAGGAAGACCGUAGAUCUUUGUCAGAAGGUGGAAGCAGCAGGGGUGUCAUGGAUCACCGUUCACGGGCGGACGGCUGAUGAGAGACAUCAACCGGUGCAUUACGAUGCCAUCAAGCUCAUUAAGGAUAGCCUUCGCAUCCCAGUCAUUGCUAAUGGCGAUAUUAAAAAUCCCAGCGAUGUGGAGUCUGUGUGUGAGCUUACAGGAGUGGAUGGAGUGAUGUCUGCUCGGGGGCUACUGGCCAAUCCAGCGUUGUUCGCAGGCUAUGAACACACUCCGUUACAGUGUCUGUGGGACUGGGUGAAAAUCGCCUUGGAGCAAGGGACUCCAUUUACAUGCUUCCACCAUCACCUAAUAUACAUGUUAGAACACAUCACUUCUCAACCAGAGAGGAAGGUCUUCAAUGGUUUAUCAAGUACAUCAGCAAUCAUUGAUUAUCUACAGCAGACUUACGGCUCUUUAUAGUUAUGAAUACACAACUAUGAGAAAUACUGUCAACUUUUUUAAAUGUACUUUAAAAAAAAAUAAAGAUUGUUUUGAAUAAAUAUCUUCAUAUUUGUCUUUAUAUUUAGUUGGGGGGAAAAAUGCAAAUUAAACUUUGGUUUUGUUAUUUAAAAGGGAAAUAAUAUG